AUGGAUGAACCGGACAAAAAUGAUGGUAAUUUUCGUAGUCUUUUACGGUACCGUGCCAAAAGUGGUGAUGUUAUUUUAAAAGAACAUCUUGAGACUACCAGUUCCCGAGAAUUAUAUACCAGUCCUAUAAUACAAAAUGAGAUAAUUACAAUAUUUGGAGAACUUAUUCAAUCUCACUUAGUAAAUGAAAUUUCUAAAGUAAAAUUUUUUACAGUUCUUGCAGAUGAAACUACAGACAUAACUCAGGUAGAACAGUUUUCUUUAUGUAUAAGAUAUUUUGAUGAAACUCUAAUGCAAAUCAGGGAAGAUUUUCUUACGUUUGUCCCAGUUGAUGAUGUUACUGGUUUAGGGCUAGCCAAUACAUUACAAAAUACAUUAGAAAAACUUGGCUUUGAUCUAAAUAAAUUACGUGGGCAAGGAUAUGAUGGUGCUGCGGCAAUGAGGGGUAGCUUUCGUGGAGUUCAAGCUAUUAUCAAAGAAAAAUACCCAAAAGCAUUGUAUACGCAUUGCGUUUCUCAUUCGUUGAAUCUUUGUUUAUCAGACGCAGCAAAAAUACAAGAUAUUAGAAAUAAUUUUGGGGUGAUAUCUGAUUGUUGCUCAUUUUUUAAUUGUUCUGCUAAGCGAACUACUAUUCUUAAAAACAAAAUUUUGGAAAUAAAACCAAAUGUUCAAGCUACAAAAUUAAAAUCACUGUGUGAAACAAGAUGGGUUUUACGUCAUGAAUCGGUUUUUGCUUUUUAA